CCGUCUGUUUCUCCCUCCCACGCACUGUAUAUAUGAAGCCAAAAGAGCCGGCCCAGGACGGCCUAGAUCCUCUCUGAAACUAGGAAUACUGGGAGUAGGCCCAGAAAGGCAUGGGAGUUGUUCAGGCCAAGCCUUCUCAGAGUUCAUCAUCUAGAGGCUUUGGCAAGCUGAAAUCAGAAAAUGGGUACGUCGGAAAAGAAGAAUUCACGGGGGAUCGACGAUCAACAGGACAGAGGGAUGUCCGUAGAGAGUAUGGUGGGCGUUAUAGGCCUAAGUCCAGGAAGGAAAAUGGCGGCGCAGGUCACGGUGAAGGAGAAGGAGAAGGGAAGUUGGCCAAUAAGGGAAAGAGAGAUGUUGGUGAGAAUGUUUCGCAGAAAACGUCAGUGUUCAAGAGAAUUGAAGACGUUGAGUUGGUCGAUGGAUGGCCAAAAUGGCUCAUUGAUAAUGUUCCGAGAGAGGUGUUGACUGGGAUGGUUCCAAAGAGUGCCGAAUCCUAUGUUAUGCUUAGUAAGGUGGGGCAGGGAACUUACAGCAAUGUGUAUAAAGCUCGAGAUAAAGACACCAGAAAAAUUGUUGCUUUAAAGAAGGUCCGCUUUGACACAUCAGAACCUGAGAGUGUCAAAUUUAUGGCACGAGAAAUAAUGAUAUUACAGAAGUUAGAUCAUCCCAAUAUCAUAAAACUAGAAGGGUUGGCUACAUCAAGGCUGCAAUACAGUCUUUAUCUGGUUUUCGAUUUCAUGCAGACAGAUUUGCAUACGAUUAUCUCUCGCCCUGAUGAGAGGCUUACUGAACCACAGGUCAAAUGCUAUAUGCAUCAGCUUCUCUCAGGUCUGAUGCACUGCCACGACAGGGGAAUUUUACAUCGAGAUAUCAAAGGAUCAAACUUGUUGAUCGACAAAAAUGGGAUGCUGAAAAUUGCAGAUUUUGGGCUGGCAAAUUAUUAUACUCCACUCCACAAUCGUCCUCUCACAAACCGAGUUGUGACACUUUGGUACAGAGCCCCUGAGCUUUUGUUAGGAGCUACUGAUUAUGGUGUUGGUAUUGAUCUUUGGAGUGCUGGAUGCCUCUUGGGAGAAAUGUUUGCAGGGAGACCUAUUUUGCCUGGUUCAACGGAGGUCGAGCAACUUCACAGGAUUUUCAAACUAUGUGGCACACCAUCAGAGGAAUACUGGAAAAAGUUCACAUUGUCUAAAAAAUUCAGAAUUCCACAAUUCAAAUCUAGUCUUAUAGAGACUUUCAGGGAAUUCCCUGCAUCUUCUUUGGGUCUGUUGAGCACUCUUCUUGCUCUGGAACCUGCAUAUCGUGGCUGUGCAUCUCUGGCUCUCCAAAAUGAAUUUUUUUACGCAAGUCCAUUGGCGUGCAACCUUUCAGAUCUACCUGUACUCCACAAAAAAGAUGAUGAACUGAAGGAUGCCAAAGAAGACAAAAAGUACAGAAAUUCUAGAAUGAAGCAACGGUCUAGAACAGCUCGUGAGCGCAGGAAAAAGGAUCAAGCCACCGCAAAGCCUAAGGAAGAUUCUGAAUCUUCUACAAAGGAUCCGGAGAAGACUGCCGAGCCAAAAGUCCAAAGCCAUGAGCCGCCGGGUAGCACUAGCAGCAGUACCUCAUCGAGCGCAAGGCCGGCCAGCCGAACUGAGAGCCCGCUCUUCACCACACCAAGUACCUCCUCCGGUACAAAGCUCUCCAGCCAAACAGAGAGGUCGCCUUUCUUGCUCUCCCCAGAGGUGUCUUCUAAGCAAAGGAUGUCGCCAAACACAGAGAGUCAUCCCAACGCCGACAAGAACAUCAUGAACCUGCCUCCACUGCCCAUUUCAAGAACACGCACCACCGAUUAUGUCAAAGAUAAUGACAUGUACAUGAGAUUAAAUCCUAUCCCAAGGUCUGCAUCCACAAGAGAUUUCAGAAAAACAAGAUCUUAGGAAUCGUUUUCAGGUCGAUGCAUGCGCAGUUGAUGAUUAGGACAUGCGAGAGGACUACAUAGAGCUAAGACAAAUUCUUUUUCUUAAGCCACCAAUGACUAUAUCUCUAAGUUUUCUUAACUAGAUAUUAUUCUACUCUGUGGACGUAAACGAGUAAGCAUAUAUUUUUGUCAGAUAUUUUGUUCUUAAUGGUCA